AUGCCCAAUUCUGGAUACAGCAGCAACCGCAGGCAACGGCGGGUAUAUAAGCUUCGGUGGCUUGCUUUGAAGACGAAGCGGCUCGCGGUACUCGUCUUCGCUAUGAAGGGUCUGCGUCUAAAGAACCGCUUCUCUCGUUGCGCCAAGGACCGUCCGCCAUCGCUCGGCCCCGUAGACUUUGAGAUACGUGCACUUGGCGGGGGUACGACGAGCACCUUGCUCUUCCACGAGCUGCCUCCGAAAGGAGCAACAACUCAUCAGAACCGUAUAGCGGAGUUGCACGAGGAAAUCAGGUGCCUGAGCAACGAGGUGGCCUACUACAAGGCUCUCACGGACGAGGCGCUGUCGCGGAUCCUGCCCGUUGUUCAAUUCCAUGCGCGCGACCUGCACGACGCCGUCCAGCGAUGCAAUGCAAAGCUCGACACUCUUUUACCCGAGAGAUACAACGAGGAGCCGGUGGACAUUGGGGGCGUCGAGCGUUGA